AUGUCGCCCAAAGUGUACACCAUAGUCGUGAAACUCGGUACAUCGUCGCUUGUAGACGAAGUUACACGAGAGCCUCGGAUAGCCAAUAUGUCGCUCAUAGUAGAAACCAUCUCCAAGCUUCGUCGUCAGGGUCACAAGAUAGUGAUAGUAUCUUCUGGAGCAAUAGCCUUUGGAAUGAAGCGUAUGAGCAUGGAAAAGAAGCCCAGCAAACUUGCUGCUGUUCAAGCGUUAGCCUCGAUUGGUCAGGGACGGCUAAUAGGUCUUUUUGACGAUUUGUUCAGACAGUUGGACCAGAGAAUCGCGCAGAUCUUAAUCACUAGAAAUGACAUUAUGGAUUUUACCCAGUAUAGAAAUGCCCGCAACACGUUGAAUGAGUUGCUCGACAUGGGAGUUAUUCCUAUUGUUAACGAAAAUGAUACGUUGUCAGUGGCGGAAAUCAAGUUCGGUGAUAACGAUACGCUUUCAGCCAUCACCGCUGGAAUGAUCCAUGCCGAUUACCUAUUCUUGAUGACGGACGUGCAGUGCUUGUACACGGACAAUCCCCGUAGUAAUCCUGAUGCUAAGCCCAUCUUGUUAGUGGAUAAGAUCGACGACUUGGCUGUGAAAACAGACACCGACAGUGGGGCAGGAUCUCAAGUUGGGACAGGUGGCAUGACUACGAAGCUCAUCGCAGCAGAACUAGCAACAAACGCCGGAGUUACCACCAUCAUCACCUUGUCGAGUCAGCCUUACUACAUUCUAGAUAUUGUGAAAAACAUUCAGAGCACAGCUACGGAGCAUUUGACGAUAGAGGAACAGAUACAGCAGAUGGAAAAAGACAUAGAUAGCAACAAGAUUCCUUUACAUACCCGUUUCCAAGGUCUUCCCAGAAACACUCAGAUCAAGUCAGACCGCAAGUUCUGGAUCUUGCACGGGUUGAAGACCAAGGGUGACAUCAUCAUUGAUGAGGGCUGUUUCAAGGCUCUCACGCGUAAGGACCGAGCUGGGCUCCUCCCAGCAGGAAUCAUCGAUGUGAUAGGCACUUUCCAUGAAAGUGAAUGUGUCUCCAUCAAGGUUGUUCCUACGAGGACUUCACCUGUGGAUGAAGCUAUCGAAGUUGGACAUUGUAGAGUUAACUACGCUUCGUCUGAGAUCUUGAAGAUAAAGGGCUUACGAAGCAGUCAGAUCGAAUCCACCUUGGGCUAUGCUGAUUCCGAGUACGUGGCUCACAGAGACAACAUCGCCUUUCCACCGGUGUUGCCUCCAUCUUCAGAGAACCUUGCCAGUUUGGCGUUGUCUGAAAAUGAAAAUCAUAAUCACUACCAUAAUCAUCAUAACCACAAUCACAAUCAUGAAAGGGAUUAA